CCGGGCGCGAGGACGCUGAGCUGCCGCGCGCAGGACCCCCGCGCCGCCCGGCCCGCCCCCACCGAGUGUCAGAACGUAAAGCGAGUGCCGCCCGUGCUGCCACGCCCCGCCGCCGGCCGACCCCGGCCGCCCCGCGACUGUGCUCGUGCACCUCGGCGACUGGUUGUGCUCCGCCUGCUCGUCCUCCUCGUUGUGCUGUGAGAUUGUGCCGGCAUCACAAGCGGCCGCGCACUGAAGUGGCCGUGCGGUGCGACCCCGCCAGGAUUAACCCCGCGGCUCUGCAUGCCCCGCCAGCAACAGGACGGCCCGCCGCGGUGCGCUCGGAGCGCCGGCCGCACGGCACCCGCGAGGCCCGCGCCGACCAGCGACCCGUCCUGGUGAUCCAGUGCGUGCGUGUUUGCGUGUGCGUGCGUGCUUGUUGUGUCAGUGGCCGCAAGCAGCGCGCGAAGAAUACAAAGAUAAAUAACCGAGUGAGAGAAGAAGACAAGUGUUUGUUUGUGUUGUCGGAUGUCAGUCAGCUGACCGCCUGCGGACCAUGCCCCGGCACGCUGCUGCCGCCGGCCCGCGGCCCCGGGCGCCGCCCCGGCCGCUGCCGCUGCUGCUGCUGCUGCAGCUGGCGCUGCUGCUGCUCGCCGGACAGGGACUCCACCGCCACGGCCUCAUCGUCGCCGCCGAGGCCGACGUCAACCUCCCGCUAGGGGCCAUCUUCGACCAGGGUACAGACGAGAUCCGGUUAGCGUUCGAGUUCGCCAUGCUGAGCCACAACCACAACAUGUCGGGCCGGCGGUACGAGCUCGAGGCCUUCGUGGACGUCAUCAACACUGCCGACGCCUUCAAACUGUCCAAACUGAUAUGCAGCCAGUUCUCGAGAGGGGUGUUCGCCAUGCUGGGCGCGGUGUCACCAGACUCGUUCGACACGCUGCACUCGUACUCAAACAUCUUCCAGAUGCCCUUCGUCACGCCUUGGUUUCCUGAGAAGGUUCUGACGCCGUCCUCGGGGUCGUUGGACUACGCCAUCAGCAUGAGGCCUGAGUACCACCAGGCCAUCAUUGAUGUCGUGAAGUUCUACGGCUGGAAGCACAUCAUCUACAUGUACGACUCGCACGACGGGCUACUACGGCUACAGCAGAUAUACCAGAGCCUGAAGCCUGGCCCGCACGGCUUUCAGGUGGAGAUGGUCAAGCGGGUCUCCAACACAUCGGAAGCCAUUGAGUUUCUCCAUAGCCUGGAGAGCUCCAGCAAGUCGGCGCGGUGGACGCACAAGUACAUCGUGCUGGACUGCACCACGGAGAUGGCCAAGGAGAUCGUGGUGGCGCACGCCCGCGACGUCCAGCUCGGCAAGAGGAUCUACCAUUACCUGCUGAGUGGAUUGAUCAUGGACGACCGGUGGGAGACGGACGUGCUGGAGUACGAGGCGAUGAACAUCACGGGCUUCCGGAUCGUGGACACGACCAAGAAGCACGUGCGCGACUUCAUGCAGGGCUGGAAGGAGCACGUCGCCACGCUGCCCGCCUCGCCAAGCGCGCGCCUCAGCCUGUCGUCUAUCUCGGCGCACGCAGCCCUCAUGUACGACGCCGUGUUCGUCCUGGUCGAGGCGCUCAACAAGCUCCUCAAGAAGAAGCAGGUGCCGCUGCGGCGCGCCGGCCAGGCCUCCAACAGCAGCCGCUGGCCCGACUGCAACGCCUCGCUCACCUGGGAGCACGGCGACAAGAUCUCCAGGAACCUGCGCAAGGUGGAGCUGGAGGGUCUGACCGGGGACAUCCGGUUCAACGAGGCGGGUCGGCGCGUCAACUACACGCUCCACGUGGUCGAGAUGUCCAUCAACAGCAACAUCGUUAAGAGAGGUUUCCGGAAGAGUGAGCUCACCGGCAAAUCCCACCUAAUGGGGCGUUGGAGACAUUCACGUUGUACGGCCGACUGGGAAAGGUUUGGCGACAAAAUCGUGCGGGUCAAGGACGGCAAGUACGGCCACGUGAACCCCGACGCGCCGGCAGGCUGGGACGGCAUGAUGGGCGAGCUCAUCCGAAUGGUAAGAGGGACCAGUCGACAUUUUCCUCCCUUUUCCUCGAUCGCGGCAGUGCCUUUUACGCAGGGGGAGCAACAACAUCCUUUUUGA